AUGGCUACAGCUCAAGGCCUCAUCGACGGCUUUAUGGACGAGAUACGCCGCUUGAUACGGCUGGCUAGAGCAACGGAAGGUGAGCAGCCCCAGAUCAAGCGAACCUCCCCGCCUUUAAUGGGUAUCCCUAUCGAACUAACAGUAUCAUGGCCCGAGGAUGACCCGGAAGAGUGGGACGAUUUCAAGGAGCUGCUAGUCAGCAUACGCCAACUGGCACAAGACUCCAACCUUGUACACUCCACGUGGACCGAGAUUGACGACGACAAUGAUGAGCCUGCCUUAUGGUUAUUAAUGGGACAUGAGGUCUGGCAAAGCGUCCGGCAAGAUCGCCUCAGAGGUAGCCGAAUCUGGUCCGUCAGCAAUAACUUACCACUGAACUCUCCUUCCAGAACGCAAACCGUGGUUCUCCGCCGAGCAAUUUCGGUUCUGCCUGUCGAAGAUGAGAGGUCAUACCGGACAGAGAAACAUUUCAAUAGCCAUCGGGCAGUGUAUCAGAAUAUUGCAUGGUUCUUGCAAGCGUCCUUGCGUCUCAACCCCCAGGACACAUCAGAGGUGCUAACAUACCUCUGCGACCGUCAGCUGGCUGAACGCAUCGACCUUGUUUCGAGCUGGAAGUCACCGGAAUUCGACGUCAGUCUUACCUUACCCAUCAGGGCUGCGGCAGAAGCUCUCCGUUAUGCCGUCUAUGACGGAUAUUACGACGACCUCCCCUCAAUAGUACAGGAUCAAAAGUCGCUGCUAAAUCUUGCGUCCGUGCAUCAAAUCUCUGCCGUCAACAGGAAAGUAGAAGCGCCAGAUUACCAGGUUACGGAACCCAUAUUUCGCGUUGACGGAUUGGCUGCAAUGCGUGUACGCGAUCGACAGCUGUGCCCGCGACUGCGGAAAGCAAUCAGAGGCAGAGAACAGGCGGAUACAGCCAUUUUGGCCUGCAGAGACCCCAGCGCGCCCGAACGCAAGCCAGUCACCGUCGUAAUUUGGACAAGGACCUCUCGUGAGGAUCACAUCGAGUCCCUGUCAACCAUCAGACAGAUUUGGAGUACGCUUGUUACACCACCACCGUGUCUAGAAGCAUGGCAUCCGGACGAUCGCUUGGUCGUUGCACACGAGCAAUGCUCGUCUUCUCAACACCCGUGGCAAGAUCGAUUACUUUGGAAGCGGAUACCACAAGACCGGCCCGUAUUCCUACUCACUGCGAAUCCCGACCGGCUAACGAGGAGGAGCGGUGAGGUAGCCUUACUUGUGGAGCUUAUCCAGAAUACCGGCGGUGCCUGGUGGAGUCGAGGGAUCGUGGACCUUGGUAUGGAGACGGGAGAAGAGGCGGACCGGGAAUGGCAGUGUGUAGGCGAAGAAGGCGUGCUUAACCAAGUACAGGCACAGCUCGUCCUUGGUCGUCAACGCGCUUUACAGGGUGGAUAUUACUGGCGGAGCGUCAUAGCCAUGACGCGAUUGCUGAACGCUGCACAAGGCCGGAGUAGUCAGUUGUCGCAGUUGGCCGUCAUCCGUGCUCUGGUCAAACUCGUGUGCGAAGUCCACCAGAUCACUUCCGUACUGAUCUGCCCGCGCACAUCUCCGGGUGCCGAGACGUUGGAGGAUGACAGCAUCAGCACUUCGAUCGUACGGCAACAGACCUUUCUACAACUCUUUGUCCCGGCUGGCAUUGAUGUACAGCUACUGCAAGGGAAAAGGGUGUCUGCAUAUGACGGGUCCUACAUCAAGCUUGUGGAGCAAAAACUGAAAGCUAUGUCUGUCUCUGGAAACGUCCUACUCCUAUCCAGCUCCUCGGUAGGGCAGGGCACCGUCACAUUGCUAUGGCAAUGCUUUGGGACCAUGAAACCAUACUACACCCAAUAG